UUAAAUUUCAUUUACCUUCUGAUUCUUUAAUACAAGGUUUCAGUCUUAUAGAUAUUUUGCCCUAUAAUCCUAUUGUUUGUCAGCCGAUUGAAGACGCUGCCUCCAUUUUUGUGGAUGCUAGUAAAGAGGGUAAAAUUGCAGUGUAUUAUGUCACUUCCCAACAUAAAAAUUUGAUCAUUUUCAAUUAUACGACUAAAUCUGUCCAAAGGGCCGAGCUUUAUGCUGUACAGGUAGCCUUAAAAACUUACCCGGAAUCUAUAAAUGUCUAUUCUGACAGUCAAUACGUUGUCACAGCCGUGUUGCAACUUCCCACGGCCUUUAUACUGACAGCGGAUGAGGAACUUUAUCAUCUAUUUCAUGCUAUACAAAAACUUCUUAAUUUACGGCACAGUCCAAUUUAUAUUUCCCACAAUCGAGCUCACACCGAUCUACCUGGUCCCCUAGUUGCUGGGAAUCGCAUAGCCGAGGCAGCAACCCAUUUAUUGCAAGUUCUGCCCAUUACCACUCCUUUGGAAACAGCCAAAAGGAGUCAUGAUAAUUUUCAUCAGAAUGAGGCAGCCCUUCGACGAGAAUUCAAAAUAUCUCGUGAGGCGGCCAGACAAAUUGUUAAACAAUGCGUCAUCUGUCCGCAAUUCUUCCCACAGCCGGUCUAUGCCAUUAAUCCCCGAGGUCUUCGGCCCAAUGAUUUGUGGCAAAUGGACGUCACCCAAUAUUUACCUUUUGGGAAAUUGCAAUAUACCUGUGUCUGUAGAUACUUGCUCAGGCUAUAUACAUGCUUCAGCCCACUGAGGAGAAGCAUUUGUUGAUGUUCAAAAUCACCUAUUUUCUGCCUUUGCAGCAAUGGGCAAACCUCAUAAAAUAAAAACUGACAAUGGUAGUGCUUAUACUUCUAAAUCUUUUGCAGAAUUUUGCCACCGACUCCCAAUUGAGCAUACAACUGGCAAGGCUUAUGAUUCCACAGGACAAGCUAUUGUUGAACGCGCUCACCUGACACUAAAACAGUAUCUGCAAAAACUUAAAGAGGGGGAGAUAUUAAAGGGAAAGACAAAGUAUUCCCCACAUGUACAUCUCGCUCCGUUGCCGCUUAUCGGCAAAAGAGAGAAUUAUUAGGAGAAUGGAUGUUUUUUGGACCACGUGAUCCCCCUCAAAAUCUUCCUAUUAUUCCCGAGAGGCCUGGCAUUCAUUCCUUCAAGAAACACCUAUGGCUAUUUUGGAAGUGCAAAGGGAAACAAGGAGACCUUUAGUGGUUCCUUUAAGAGAUAUGGGCCCACCUCCUAACGAGGUGCAGGAACACCACAAGGUUAUCCCACAAACCAUUUUGCAAUCCCCUGAAGGAAGAAUUCAUUCUGAUCUUUGGAAGUUAUAUGCUGCCUUUGAUAAAAUGUAUACUAAUGACAGCUUUAGUUUUCCAGAUUAUUCUCUUUCUCCAGUCCUACAAUUGCGUGCCUGUGUUCCUCCUCCCUACUAUUUGAUUGUUGGAGAUGGAGCCAUUACUCCAGUGAAGGAAGAUGGUCAUCAGUUAUACCGGCUGACUUGUCCUGCUUGUGUUUUGACCAAUUGUCUACUAGUAGAGGGGCCCUCUAGAAGUGAAAUGAAGAUUUAUCUGGUCUUACAACCUCCCUAUUGGAUGUUGCCAGUAAAUGUUACAGGACCUUGGUAUCCUAAUUAUGGGAUUCAAUUGGCCUUAGAAAUCAGUAAACGGCUGCACAGGACCAGACGGUUUCUUGGACUCUUGGUUGCUGGACUCAUAGCAACAGUGACUGUCAUUGCCUCUGCAACUGUAUCUGUAAUAUCCUUACAUGAAAGUGCCCAAACGGCAUCCCAUGUAAAUGAAUUGGCUCAUAAUAUAUCCAAGGUGCUUGCCACUCAAGAACGAAUAGACCGUAAAUUGGAAGCCCAAUUGGAGGCACUACAAGAAGCAUUGAUAUAUCUUGGCGAUCAGUUUGCUGUUUUGCGUACCAGAUUUUCUCUAAUUUGUCAUGAUGCAUAUAAACAUAUCUGUGUCACCCCGUUAGAGUAUACCAAUAUGACCUGGGGACAAGUGCGUCGUCAUUUACAAGGGGUUUGGCAUGACGCUAACACUAGCUUAGACCUCUUACAGCUACAAGAAGAGAUAAAUGCUAUUGCAAGUAGCUCACUCAGUUUCCCUGACCCUGGAGAUCUCGCUGGAACCAUACUGCACCAACUUAAUGGGCUUAAUCCAUUUAAUAUUCUUCAGCAUUCCCUUUGGAUCUUUAUUGAAAUUGUUUCCGUAAUAUCUGUUAUACUUAUGUUACUGUGUUGUUUCUGGAGAUGGGGUCUCACUGCCUUUACCACAUACCAAGCCAGGAUGCACAUGCUGCAAUUACAAACAAUAGGGGGAAAUGUAGGAGGCCAGACCCCGGAGCCAGGCUGAGACCGGGUUGAGCAACGGCUCCCUGUUGACUCAGCCAACCCGGUGGUUCCCCCUCCCCUCCCAUUCCCCCACUUGCAAAGGCAUACGAAAGCCUCGCCAAGGCGGAGAAAUCUAAUUCCUGAAGCCUGUGGUCUGUGGGUGUUGGCAGUAAUGUUACCCCCCUUUCUACCCCGGGUCAAAUAGAAACAAACAUGGGAACUGUGUUUUGCUAACAAUCUACCAACAGGACCUUGCUGUGACCCGUUUAGAAAGUUCACAAUGUACACAGAACUAAAUGUUUUGGUUGGCAGCGAUCAUGCGAAACCUGUUUAUUCUUAGAAUGACC